UACUAGCCGUACAUAAGGCUAGUAGGAUGACAUACCGCGUUACCGUUAGCCAACAGUCAGUGGACUCGCACGCCUCAACACAAACAGACCGGUCGCGCAAUCACGUUUAGAUUAAGCGACAAAUUGAUUGUGGAAAUUAAUAAUAAAACUCCUCUGAAUUAAGAAGUAUCAAUUAACAAUAGCAGAGACAGAUAAGGAACGUCAAUUGGUACAAUCAUUGUUUAAAAGACUAUAAUCUUACAAAAUGAGGUUCCAAGAAAUAUGGCUGAUCUUCACUUUGAUGACUAUUGUAAGCUUCGUAAACAGCCAUUCUCUACACGGGUAUAUAAAAAACGAGAAGCUAAGGACGGCUUAUAGAAUAGUAUACCGCUCGCAGCCGUGGCCGGUGGCGCGAGACAUGUGCGCGGAAGAAGGAGGGAAGCUCGCCGUGCCCAAAUCUGAGGAAGAAUUCUUAUUCCUGCAGAAGUUAGUACGCGGAAUGCACUACCCGGCGGUGACUGACGCCGCUGACAAGCUGGUGGUGUGGCUCGGCAUCUCCAACCUGCACGACCAUAAGAUCUGGACAAGUGUCGAUGGUGACGACAUCAGAGAGAUUGGCUUCGACCGGUGGGCCGGGGAGAACGGAUUGACUACCAGCAAUGCUGCUGAGGAGCCGCACUGCGCUGCGCUGGACGCGGCGAGUCCAGGCCUACGCGACUGGUGGUGCCAUCUACGGCAACCUUUCCUCUGUCAGAUGCAACUCGACAACGACGACUGAGCAUCACAUUUUUCAUAGUUUUAUAUUCCCGGAACUGAGUUGGCAUGUCGGAAACUUGAGUCGUCUUCUGCCACACGUGCCAACUCAAGUGCCGGGUAGAAACUGUACUACAUUUUCAAGUAUUAUUUCUACCUUAUUGUUAUUAUAUUUAAGAACAAUAUGUAAAAUAUUUAUUUACAUUUUAUAUGUUAAUAAUAAA